GUCAAAUUCCAUGUUGUUCCUUCAAUCUUUUGCUUUUGUGCUGGAAAGAAAACGCCAUUUUUUCAUUUUUCCAAUUUCCUAGGUCGUAAGAAGCUAGAAAACACGUUUAUAGACCAUUAAACUAUUUGAAAAUAUUUCAAAUUCCUAGAAUAAUAUAAUUAGUAGUGAGUAGUGAUAUUUUUGUAAUCUAAAAAAAAAACUAGUGUUUUGUGGGUCAAAAUGCCAAAACCCAAGUACAAUAAUCGUGAUAGUGGAGGUGAUCGCGACUUCCAAAAUGUCCAAGAAUUUCGUGGUGGUGAUCGCAGAGUCACGUUCAAACCAGGUGGAAAUCGUUACGGAAAUAAUAAAGGCAAAAACAAAGAUUGGUCUAAUGCCAUCAGGAGCCACUUGGAAGAAGAAGAUAUUGAUAUGAACAUUGGAAGCAGCUCCGGAAAAGCGAAUUUCAGAUUGAACAAAAAAGGUAAAGGAGGCAGACAAGGAUCUCCUUUGCCCUAUAGACCGAAGUUUUUGCAGGAGGGACCUACGGGAUGGUAUAGGGUUAUUAUUCCUUAUGGACAAAGAUAUGAGAAAAGUUUUCUUUUGAAGUUGCUAUUGGAUUCAGUGGCCCCAUUGCCUUUCAUGCCUGUUGAAUGGCAAACCAAUGGACACACUGUGUUAUUUUUUGUGGACGAGCGCAAAGUAGCGGAAAAGUUGAACGCCUUGGACAGACAAGUCCAAAUGCCAAACGGUUUCAAACUUUUUCUCAAAGUUUUUCCCGGUAGCCCAGAAGUGAUCAUGGACGACAAGAUUAAAGAACGAAUAAAAGUAGUCAUGGCUAAACGUUACAACCUGGCAAACAAAGCUUUGGAUCUGACAAAAUUCCACGCCGAUCCCGAUUUGCAAGACGUUUUUUGUGGAUUGUUUAAACCGGUGGUUUUCAAUGCUGUAUUGGAAAUUAUCGAAGAAAAUAUACAAGAUGUUGUAGCGCUAUGCUUAAAUGAUAACAGGCUUAGUGUUUUUGGGUUUUUGAAAAAGGUUCACAAAAAAAUGCCUUCUUUGAAGAUUUUACAUUUGGCUAAAAAUAGAAUAAGAGAUAUAAAGCAACUGGAUGCUUUUUCCGAAUGUCCUAUUCAAGAUAUUAUGUUGGAUGGAAAUCCUAUGUGUGACAAGUUUAAAGAGAAGCCUUUGUAUGUCAGUGAAAUCCGCAAGAAGUUUCCCAAAUGCAUCAAACUAGAUGGAAUGGAUCUGCCUCCACCAAUCGGCUUUGACAUAGCCCAUGAAGGAACCAUCCCCGAUGUUCAACAAACCUUUUUGUGUUCGGCUGAAGGUGAAGCGAUUGUCCGGCAAUUUUUAGAACAAUAUUUUGCCAUUUAUGAUAGCAAAAAUAGACAGCCCUUAUUGGAAGCCUAUCACGAAAAUGCCACGUUUUCCUUUACAAUGGCUUACCCUUACGGUUUGGGCCGUGACAAAAAUGUGAGUUGGCUCACUUGGUACCAAACCGAAAAUAGAAAUUUAACACAAGUCAAGGAUCUCAAUAGAAGAUGUAAAUUAUUAAAACAAGGAAAAUUGGCAGUUGUGUCGUUUUUGCAAGACAUGCCAGAGACCCAACACGAUAUUCUCAGUUUUACUGUUGAUUUAACUGUGUUUACUCCUACAAUGUUGUGCCUGACAGUAUCUGGCAUGUUCAAAGAACUAAAAUCGGUCCUCAAAAGUCCACCCAUUCGACACUUUUUUAGAACUUUGGUCAUUGUUCCUGCAGGAUCAGGAUUUUGUAUUGCCAAUGAGGAGUUGCACGUUACUAAUGCCACUCCUGAACAAGCCAAGGAAGCAUUUAAGACUCCCACAUUACCAACUCCAGCGUCUGGUACUGCAGCACCCCCGUCCACUCCAGAAGCUUCACCUGUUAUACACACUUUAACUCCUCCCAUGAUUGAUAAUAAUGCAAAACAGGAAAUGGUUAAUCAGAUAGCUCUCAAGACUGGAAUGAAUGUGGAGUGGUCAAUAAAAUGUUUGGAAGGAAAUGACUGGGACUUUAUGCGAGCAUGCGCAACUUUUGAUAAUUUGCAAAGUCGAGGUGCUGUGCCUCCCGAAGCUUUUGUUAAAUGAUACUAUUAGUUUAUUGUAAAUAAUUGGAUUAUAUUUUGUAUGUGCAAAAAAAUUCUAUUUGCAUUGUCAUACACACUAGAUUUAGUAUAAGAUUUAUUGAAGAAUAAUUAAUACCUUAUUUUUUUAAAUUAAUUAUUGUGAUAAUUAUAGGGUUAAAUUUUUAUUUUAAAUUUGUUUUGACUGUAAAAAAAAAAUUGCAUCUAUAUCCUAUUCACAAUCUGUAGUCAAAAGGUAAAGGUGAUAAAUUUACCUGUACCUGUACAGAUUGUGAAUAAAUAAUAGUUUAGCCUUUUGUAAGUAAAUAACUUUUUUUUUUUUCUGUGAGUUUGCUCGAGUGUUUUAAUUAUUUUGCUUUACGGAAGGCUUAACGAGAUGCUACUUUUUUGCAACAAAUGUAUGUUCAAUGAAAUUGUAAAUAAAAUAUGUAUGUAGAAUUCAAUUUGUCUUUGUAGGUAUAUUUUGAAUAGAAAAACUUUUUACUUGGUUUUUUUUUUAUUUAUUGUUGAAACUUUGAUUCCUAAUCUUAUGUUGAAGUCACUGUCUACAAGAUAAAUUCACCAAUCUAUACUGUUAUUGAUUAACGGAUAACUGGCCAACCAAUAGGAUUAGAGAUUAAGUUUUUAUCCAUCAGAAGCUGAAUAAACUAGGCUUAAGUGGGUAUUGAAAAUAACCAUUUUUUACUAAAUACAAUUUAUUCAUUUUGAUGUAGCAACUUUCAAUUUUUCUUCCUCAAUCUCCUCUAAUCUAUUCCUUAUAUCAAUAACAUCUAAUCCGUUAGUCAAAUUAUACUUCAGUGAAGCCCUUAAUUGGAGCUCUUCGAGACCCUCAAUCCUACUAUACAAAUUUCUACUUAAAUCCUUGUCGAUAUCGUUUUCUUCCCGUAGAAUGCAAAAAUACAAAAGAAAAACUCCAACGCUUAAUAUGAGCACGUAAGGCUCGUACCAUAGUCUCACUGCUUCUAUGCCUGUCCUGGUUGUUUUAGCUUUGUAGGCAAUGGCACGACUCGUUGAGAAUUUAAUGGGGCCGUCGUCGUAAUCUGUGUUUGUGGUAGGUUCUUUUUGAUGCGAAGCAAAUCUUUGAAAAUUGAAUCUAGAAAU